UGACUCACAAAACAAAUAGAAGCGCCUCAACACUAAUUAGAAACUACAUCUCCAAUGCUGCUUUACGCAAUUCUGACGUUACAGGGACAUUUCCCGUAGUAACCUAACCUUUCCUGUCUGCCUGGUGGUGCGUUUGCGCCUCCUGUCUUGAAAGAGAGGUGAAGAAGAGUUUACUUUCCACAGUUGAAGGCUUGGUCUCGGUGUUUGUCUGGAGUAAAAGGGUUUUGCGGAGGCAGAAAAGCCCCUUUUUCACAGAGCCAAGAUGCUGAACAUGUGGAAGGUUAGGGAGUUGGUUGACAAAGCAACCAACGUGGUGAUGAACUACUCAGAGGUGGAGUCUAAAGUCAGAGAGGCCACCAAUGACGACCCCUGGGGACCAUCAGGACAGCUGAUGAGUGAAAUUUCAAGAGCCACCUUCAUGUACGAGCAGUUCCCAGAGGUAAUGAACAUGUUGUGGAUCCGCAUGCUGAGGGACAACAAAAAGAACUGGAGAAGGGUCUACAAGUCCCUGCUACUGCUGGCCCAUCUAAUCAGGAACGGAUCAGAGAGGGUUGUUACCAGUGCCAGAGAACAUCUCUAUGACCUGAGAUCCUUAGAAAGCUACCACUUUGUAGAUGAGAACGGGAAGGACCAAGGAGUGAAUGUGCGUCAGAAGGUGAAGGAGAUGGUGGAGUUUGUCCAGGAUGAUGACAGACUGAGGGAAGAAAGGAAAAAGGCCAAAAAAACCAAAGAUAAAUACAUUGGAGUAUCCUCUGACAGCAUGGGAUACAGAAGUUACACUGGGGACAAGUUUGACUCCAGCGACAGCAGAGGAAAGUGGGAUGAUGACUGGGAAAAGAAUAAAGGGCAGUUCCCCUUCAGCGAAAAAUUGGGAGAGAUCAGCGACAAAAUCGGCAGCACCAUUGACGAUACAAUCAACAGGUUUAGGAAGAAGGAUAGAGACGACUCACCAGACCGAUUUAGUGACAAUGAGGAGGACCGGGGUCGCUCGUCUCACAAUGGCCAGCCAGGUAAAGAGUUCAAAGAUGAAGAGGAGACUGUUACCACCAAGAGUGUACAAAUAGUCCAAGCAACAGAGACUACAGCAACGCGAAAGAGAGGUGUGCCAUCUAGGAAAGUGGACCUGGGGGCUGCAGCCCAGUACACAGGAGACAACAGCCCAAACACCACCACCAAACAGCCCCAGUCAGCAGCCCCUCAGCCCUCCAGCGCCGGCCUAGCUGACCUAUUCAUGGUGGACACAACACCUAGCCAGCCUGCUGCUUCAGACCUGAUGUCUGGAUUUGCUGAUUUCUCCUCAUCUGCCGCUUCUUCCAGCCUCUCCUCGGGAUCUGCAGUGCCAGCCUCGAGCAGCAAUGGAGACUUUGGUGAGUGGAAUGCCUUCCCUGGAGGUCAGAUGCCAGCAUCUGUCGACACCGGUGGAGAUGACCUUUUUGGAACCAUGACAGCAGGUCCUGGCGCUGCUGCUGCCCCUGCCCUCACCCCUGCCCCAAUGUCAGCUACAGGCUCAGGUCCUGCCUCAGCAGACCUGUUUGACUUGAUGGGGCCAACCCAGUCCCUCACCUCUUCCCAGAGCCUCAACUUUAGCAUGAGCAGCACACAGAGCAUGAGCACCACAGUCCUGCCCCAGUCUAGGUCACAGCCCCUCCAGAACAUGGGGGGUCCUCUACAACCACAGUCUGCGCAAUCGCUCCAGCCUGUGCAGCAGGGAGCAGGUUCUCCGGGUGCCGGAGCCAAAGCGUCCCUCCCUUCCACCUGGUCGGACCACUCUGUUGACAUCAGCCUGGACUUCCUGGGCCCAGGCAUGCAGGCCCCAAAGGCUAGCCAGCCCACCCUCAACACCCUCCAACAUGGCAACCAAGCACCAGCCAACAUGCUCUCCCAGGGAUUUUCCAGUAUGAGCCUUGGAACUACAACAGUCAGACCGCCCGUAAAUCCUAUGAUGCACCCUGGUCCUAACAUGGGAAUAGGAAUGGGCAUGGGGAUGGGGAUGGCCCCCAACCAGGGCAUGAUGGGGAUGGGCAUGAACAUGGGGAUGCCACAGGGAAGUAUGACCAUGGGGAUGCCUGGUGCUAUGGGAAUGGGAAUGGGAAUGGGAAUGGGGAUGAACCCUGCAAUGGUCCAACAGCCCAAACAUGAUGCCUUCGCUGAUUUCGGCAACUUUGGGAAGUGAUGGAGCUGGAGAGCAAAGAUUUAUCAGGAGGAGUGGUGUCAGUCUCUCUCUCUCUCUCCGUCCAUUGGUGAAGGAUUGUUAUGAGCUGCAAACAAAGAGUACUUGAAUAAUGUCAACUAUCAUAAAACCAACACCCUGCAAUCUCCUUAUUUUUUAAAAGUAAUGCUGUGUAGUGAUAUGAAUCUAAAUGAAUGUGUGUGUUCGAACCAAUGAUCUGUCUGGUCUGGGGUAGUGGUCAGGCAGAAACACUGUUAAUUGUGUGCCUUGUUGGUUAGUUAUGACACGGUGAGAAGAAGGAAGUGUGUGCCUCUGAGUGAAUAUCAGGGGGGUUUGCUUUUAUAACCUCAAUCAAGUGAAAUCACCAGAAUAGCAAAAAAAAUAUAUAUAUAUAUCAGUAGCUGCAUAUUUUUUUGAGAUACUUUCUCAGUAACUUUACUGAAUGAUGAGUUUUGAUAACAUGAUCAGCCAUUUUAACUUUCUAAUGUACAUUUAAGACUGUCAAGUUACCUCUUAUUUGUCCUCGUUCUUCCUUGGGCCUGUAAAUAGAAAUCUGAAGCCUUACAAAUAACUUAUGAAGUUCCUAUAUUAGAGGCAUUGUGAAGAGUUGAAUCUUACAGACCAAACCUGAUAUGAAUUGAGACCUAUAUGAAGCACAUUGACACCUUCUCCUUGUACAUACGUGUCCAAACACUCCAAAUGUGGCCUGUACUACAGAUAAAAGUAAUGAGUGUUUGAAGUGAAAGCUAUUUGAUUAAUUUGUGGAGUUUUUCCAUCAACAGACCAUCAUUUGUGGCCUUUCUUAUUGGACUUAUGUGUUUCUAUAUUUUACUUACAAAGAAAUAUAUAAUCAGUUUGCAUAAAAAAGAGAUAAUCAGUAAGUAGAAAAAGCCUCAUACAGGAUUUUUUGUUUUUUAAUUAGCACAGAGUGCCUGAAAGAUCUGUCUUUUCUCUUCAGUUAACAUGUUUAAAAGAGACAAUGUGACUGUGCAGUGUUGAGGACAGCUACUGGGAAGUAACUUCUGUACAAACAUGUGUUUGUACUUGUGCCUCAAGCCAAGUGUACUGUCUGUACAGAUAUCAGAUGCAGUUGUAUAAUUAUUUCAGUCUUUGUUUUGUUUUUCCCUUGCACAUUUCUAUCCUCCCACUCUCUUCAGGCCAGUGAUACCUUCAGCGCUCUGAAAACACCUGAGAAAAUGUACUGAGCUCAACUUAAUUCCUCAAGCGUCGAUGCCGACGCUCAUGCAUUUAUCUGCUGUGUUCAAUGUUCACUGGUGCAUCUCGAUAAAUACUGCCUUCUCACCUUCAUCAAUGUUACACUUUAAAACACUGCUGCCGUCACAUUUGCAAAUCCAGGUCCAGGUUUUGCAGUUUAUCAGGUACAGAAUCUUGUUUGAGAGGAAGCACUUUCACCAGUUGGGGUCCAGGUUGAAUAUACCUAGUAUGAUAUGGUGGAUGGAUUAAGAUGUGUUGUGGGCGCCUGUUAACUGUUCUUCAGUGGUUAAAGUGCCUGCUAUUGUUUGCCUCCUGACCGUUUUAUUAAGUGAUUGAUAAUAAGUACAUCUUGCUUGCCUGACAUUUCUGGUAUGUCAAUGAUGAGAUAAAUAAUUCACUGACCAGAGAAGACGACAUUGGAUCCUGCAGCCCUGUGAGAAUUGAAGUUGUGCUUUCCCUCUCUCCCAGGGGCUCCAGAGGCUGAGCACACUUACACCUGGUAGCCUUGCAUCAGAGUCUGAAGCAUUAAAAUGACCAAAAUCUGUUGCUGUGUAAUAAUAUACCAGUAGAAGUUGUUAAAUGCCUUUUGUUUUCUACUUCAAAUUAUUUUGAUCUUCUCUAAAAUGGGAUUGUUACUGAAACACUAGUAUAUGCAAAUAUAAAAAAAAAGUAAUGGAAAUCCUUUGAGAAAAUGAAAUUUUGCGUUAUUCCCAUUUUGACUUGAUUUACACAUCCAGAUUCUUUACAACAUUAAACAGUUGAUUGAAA